AUGCAAGCCAAUAACGAGCCAUUGCCUCCCGUUGCAAUGCUAACGACUGAUGCCAUAAGACUCAAAAACAUAAAGGUGGGGUGGUGUUCCGGCAUUAUGUCGGCGUUUUUUCGCUGCCGCGUCAAUAUAACCGGUGAUCCUGUUGCCCGAUCGACGACAGGCACGAUGAGUCAGGUAUUCGAAGGAUAUGAGCGUCAAUACUGCGAGAUUUCAGCCAAUUUAUCACAUAUAUGUGCGUCGGCCAGUGUCCUUGAUGGAGAGCAGAAGAAACAGAGAGUUUCAGAAAUAGCAGGAGGAAUAGAAGAGGCGGACACUCUGUUACGCAAAAUGGACCUUGAAGCAAGGAGCACGCCAGCUGGCACCAAGGCAUCGCUUCUUGCCAAGAUUCGUGAAUACAAAAACGACCUCAACAGCCUCAAAACUGAAUUGAAAAGACUCCAGCCCAGCAACCCUAAUGCUAAUGCUGCCCGAGAUGAGCUACUUGAAUCAGGAAGACCAGAUGCAAUGCAGGUGUCAGCUGAUCAGAGAGGAAGACUGAUGAUGUCAACUGAGAGGUUAAACAAGUCAACCGAUAGAGUCAAGGAAAGUAGAAGAACAAUGAUGGACACCGAAGAGCUCGGUGUUUCAAUCCUCCAUGAUUUACACCAGCAACGCCAGUCUCUCCUCCAUGCAAACACCACUCUCCAUGGGGUGGAUGAUACUAUUGGAAGGAGCAAGAAACUUCUGACAAAUAUGUCAAGGAGAAUGAACAGGAACAAAUGGAUCCUAGCUUCCAUUAUUACAAUCAUACUUCUUGUAGUCAUUUGCAUCCUUUACUUCAAGCUCACCCGUUAGCUCUCUCUCUCUCUCUCUCACACACACACAAAAUCUCAGGCAACAUUUAAAUAUAUAUAUUUUUUUCAAUAACAAAAACUAUCAUGUCACAUUCCUUUGAUAAAUUCUUUACAAACAGGUACAAGAAAGUUGUCAUUUAUACUUGACAAAAAUUACACGACUUGUCAUUUUUCAGUUUAGAUACUUGAAAAAAAGGCAAAACAGUCGUCCAAGAAUAUAUAUAUAUAUGAUUAGAAAUACUGGCAAAAUAGGUAAACAAAUUUUCAGUUAUGGAAAACUGAAAAAUUGUUUUCAGGAGAUGAAUCUCUACCCUCUUCAUCUUCUUCAUCAUCAAUAUCAUUAUCAUCAUCUUCAUCAUCAAAAUCAGUAGAAGUAGGUUGGCCAUUAAGAUCAACAUUAAUCCCAUUAAUCUUCCUCACAAACUGUCCUCUGACACGUGGUCGCCUCUCUGCUAACUUUUUCCUAUUCACAUAUCUGAUUUUCUUAUCAAAGCAUCGCUCUUUUCUCUUCUGUCUAAACUUCAUCAAGGCCGCUUCUCUACGGUCAAGUCUACUAUUAUUAUUAUUAUGUACCUUUACAUUAUUCAAUGGACUCCCGUAUCCCAUCCAUGGCUGCUGCAUUGCAUUUGUCCCGGGCAGGCAAAGGUUAACCGGAUAGUAAGGGAAUGAUCCCAUUCCGGGCAGAUGGGGCAGCGGUGGCGGGCAAUGCAUAACAUGGUUAUAAUGGUUCUGUAAAUUCAUUGGGCCCGGAAGGUAAUACGGAUAAGGGGAAUACGCGUUAUAACCCGAAACAUCCGGAUGUUGAUAGUUGCUGCCCGGUUGGUGGAUUUGUGCCUCGGGCAGAUCAAAUGUCUUUGAGUUCAUUGGGUCGGAGGGACCCGAGAUUAAAUCAUGAUGCCCUUGAGUAUCGCUAACGUUGACCGGGCUUAGUUUGUUGUCUAAUUGUGGAGGAUUGGGUUCGUUGAUUGUUAUGGAACUACUUCUACACGUGUUUGAUUUCACAUAUGUAAAGAAGGCGGAGGAUUGACCGAUUCUGAGUUCACUCUUUUUUGGACCGAAUGUAACUUUCCCUCGGUGUUGUUCGUUAAUUUCCGGGACAUUAGGGGGGUUGCCUGAUAAGUUGAAUGGUUGUGUGUUGAAAAAACUAGGAGCAGGUGUUAUCAUAUUCUGACCUCGGCUUCCGGAGGAAUGGAAAGAGAGAUCUCUGGAUUGGAGUUCUUGUGUGACUUGUCAUCUGUGUCAUCUGAAAACAGAGUGGUGCUGUUUGUAUUUGCAUCACUAGGAUCUGAAGCCACUAUGUCGAAUUCACAGUUCAUGAUGUUCUUCUCAGCCAGGCCAAGCUGUAGAUAAGU